AGUCCUUAUUAUAAAAAUUAGAGGAUAAUUUUUUGUUUGAGAUAAAAAAAUUAUCAUAUCUUCGUUUUCUAGCACAUAAUUUUUUAGCUGCUCACCUCCUUUCUCUCCGAUUGCAACAACUUAAGAAAAUGGAUAUGAGGAGGUCAUGCAUAUAUGUAAGGGUUAAAUAUGUUUUGUUCCUCAUUUAUACACUUGAAUUUAAAAUGGUCUCUGAAAAAAAAAAAUCUCUGAAAAACUAAAGGUGAUGAUAAUGACAGUGAUGAGGAGUCCAAGAGAAAUAAGAUGGUAAAUGUAUCACCCGUUUUCAACCCCCAGUUUAUUUGUCAUAGUCAAGUCAACCAAAAUAUCUUAAUUUUGGAUCAAAUUGCUGAAUUUUGAAAUUAUUAGGCAGCUGCUGCAAGAAAUAUAUUUAAGGAUUAAUUUCGCAUUAAUCUUGGGCGGCCAGUUGUUGAACAUUACUGGUUUGUUUGUAUGUGAAUUUUUUUAUGGAUAUAGUUUAUACUAUUGAUUCCUGUCUCAUGCACUGAUGUAAUGAGUAGGGUACGAAUUUAUAGUAUAAAGAUAAAUUAAACUACGUCACAUUCAAUUGUUCAAGUCGCUCCAGUUUGGUUGCAUAAAUCCCCUGUCAGUUCUUUCUUUCUUUACACUAGCAGGCAGAAGCAGUCAUGUCUUCUUCUCGUUUGUCUCCCAAAAAGUACGAUGUUUUUAUUAGCUUUAGAGGUGAGGACACCCGAGAAAACUUCACUAGCCAUCUUCAUUCUGCUCUCAGAGACAAGAACAUCGUUGCCUACAUAGAUGAUCAGCUCAAAAGAGGAGAUGAUGUUGGGCCAGCACUUGAAAAAGCAAUCAAGGACUCGCUGGUGUCCGUUGUUGUGUUCUCAGAAAGGUACGCAACAUCAAAGUGGUGUUUGCAAGAACUGGUCAUAAUAAUGGAAUGCAGAAGAGAAGAGGGACAGGUUGUUCUUCCAGUUUUCUACAAAACAAAUCCAACAGACGUACGGAAGCAGACAGGGAGUUAUCAGAAACCAUUUGAAGACUAUGAUCGACUCGCCGCCGCCAGUAGCAAAAGAGACGACGACCAGAACAAAGUUGGUACUUGGAGAGCUGCUCUCUAUGAUGCAGCCAAUAUAUCUGGAUGGGACUCAAGUAACCACAAGGAUGAUUCUCAAGUUAUAUGGAACAUUGUAAACGAUGUUUCACAAAAGCUGCACCUAAGGUACCCUAAUAAAGUAGAAGGCCUUGUUGGAAUUGAGGAACACUGUACAGAGAUUGGAUAUGUGCUGGGAAAAGUUGGAAGAAUUGGAAUUUGGGGGAUGGGGGGAAUAGGUAAGUCAACCAUUGCUAAAGCCAUAUUUGUCAAAUACUUCCCCCAAUAUGACAGUGUAUGCUUCUUGGAAAAUGUCAGAGAAGAAUCACAUAAGCACGGACUAACAUACAUCCGUGAUAAGCUUCUUUCUGAGCUGCUAAAGGAACAAGUUACAACAUCCAAUAUUUCUGGAUCCGCAUUCAUUAAGAUGAGGCUCAGUAGUAGAAAAGUUUUCAUUGUGGUUGACGAUGUGGAUAGUUUUGAGCAAUUAGAAUACUUGUAUGGAGAAUUCAGGGACUUGGGACAAGGUAGCAAUCUCAUUGUAACAACAAGAGAUAAACACUUGCUUAAUGGAAGAGUUGACAAGAUAUAUGAGGUCAAGCAAUGGAACUUUCAAGAAUCACUUGUGCUCUUCAGCUUAGCAGCCUUCCAGAAAAGUAAUCCUAAAAAGGGUUAUGAGGGUCUCUCACAAAGGGCAGUUAAAUAUGCAGGAGGUGUUCCAUUAGCUUUAAAAGUUUUGGGUUCACAUUUUCAUUCCAGAAAUGAUCCUGAAUUCUGGAAAUCUGAACUGAAUUACUUGGAGAGCAAGAAGGAACCCCUAAAGAAAAUUCAAGAAGUGUUACAAGUGAGCUAUAAAGGAUUAGAAAGGACUGAGCAGCAGGAAAUAUUUCUGGACAUAGCUUUCUUUUUCAAAGAUGAAAAUAAAGAUUCUGUCAUAAGGAUACUAAAUGCUUGUGGCUUUAAUGCUAUUAGUGGAAUACAAAUACUUCAAGAUAAAGCUCUUAUAAGUGUUUCAAGUAUCAAUACUAUACAAAUGCAUGACUUGCUACGAGACAUGGCUUUCGAUAUAGUUCGAAAAGGCAUAACAGACCCUGGAAGACGUAGCCGAUUGAGGGAUAUUGAAGAAGUUCAUAAUGUACUUCAGAAUGACAAGGAAACUCGCGAAGUUGAAGGAGUAGCGUUAGAUUUGUCUGAGGCAGUAGGUUUGCAAUUGAGUGAUGACAUAUUCAACAGGAUGCCUAAUUUAAGACUUCUUAGAUUAUAUGUCCCCGCGGGUAAGCAAAGACCAGCUAAAGUGCACUAUUAUUCUAGCCUCCUCCAUAUGCGAGAUUCUGCUAGAUUGAAGUACCUUGAGUGGAGUGGAUACCCUUCAAAGUCUCUUCCACCCAACUUUUGUGCCAUGUUUCUUGUUGAGAUUCGCAUGCCGCAAAGCCAUGUUGAAGAACUUUGGCAAGGGACUCAGGAUCUUGCGAAUUUAGAGACAAUUGACCUGAUUGAAUGCAAACAGUUGGUGAAGCUUCCUGAUUUGUCUAAAGCCUCAAAAAUCAAAUGGGUUUAUCUGUCCAAAUGUGAAAGUUUGUGUGUUAUUCAUCUUCUAUCUGUGGAGACACUAGUUACUUUGAUGCUGGAUGGAUGCAAAAAACUGAAGAUUCUUAUAAGUGAAAAGCAUUUAAGCAAUCUGCAGGAGUUCAAUGUCGAUGGCUGUUCAAGCCUCGAGGAAUUUUCAGUGUCGUUUGAUUCAAUUAAGAGGUUUGAUUUAAGCAAGAUAGGGGUCAAAAAAUUGUACUCGUCAAUCGGUCGUCUAAGCAAGCUUGAGUGGCUCAAUCUAGAAGGUUCGAGGCUGCAGAAUCUUCCUGAUGAAUUAUCAUAUCUGACGUCUCUUAAGGGGCUAACUCUUUCUAACUGUGGAGUAGUUUACAAAGAGAAGCUACAUGUCUUGUGUGCUGCCUUACGAUCCUUAAAACGCUACAUCUGAAGGAUUGUUAUAACUUGUUUGAACUCCCCGACAACAUCAGUGCCUUGUCAUCACUGUAUUUGUUGAAGCUCGAUGGAAGCAGUGUGAAGAAGUUGCCUACAAGUAUCAAGCUUCUUGAAAAUCUGGAGAUUCUCUCCUUAAAGAAUUGUAG